AAUUCUUUGGUGGAGUGAAUCAAAAGAGGGUCUUGCAAUUCAGGCCUUUGGUGGGCGUAUAAAUACAUGUGUGUGUGUGUGAAAACAGCAGCCACACUUUGUACAGCAAGCAAAGCCAGUGACUUGGUGGAUUCUCCGGGUUUUCUGAAACUCCAGGAAAUUAUCACAGACACCUGCCAUGAAGCUGGCAACUGUCUUCCUGCUGGUGACCAUCAGUGUUUGUAGUUACUCUGCUACUGCCUUCCUCAUCAACAGUUUGCCCCUUCCUGUUAACAAAGUGUUGCCUUUGCCUCUGGAUGUUCUUUCCUUAUUGGAUCCAUUAAAGCGUCUUCUGCAAACUCUGGGCAUUUCUGUUGAACACCUUGUGGAAGGGCUAAGGAAGUGUGUGAAUGAGCUGGGACCUGAGGCUUCAGAAUCUGUGAAGAAACUGCUGGAAGCCCUAUCGCACUUGGUGUGACAUCAGGAUAAAGACAGAAUGAAGGCGAAAAUGGAAGUAGACUGAUGCUUCCCCUUCCCCAGCUACAACUCAUUCUGCUCAGACGCAGACUUUAUGUCCUAAUGUGUAGUAGUGUUCGCUGAAAAGAAUGAAUAAAGCAAUGACUAGA